AGUUUUCCCGUCACUUUUUUUUAAAAAACCCCUAAAUUCUCGAUCUGAAAAAAAUUCUCUUAGGGUCAGAAUCUUCUCUCUUCCAGUGACUUUAUUGCUUCUCCAAACGACACACUUUCCUCUCUCGAUUUCUCCACAAUUAAGUUUAAUUAUUUUUGUAAUUUUAUUGAUCUGACGAUUUUUGAUUGAAUUAAUUUUGUGUGCAUGCAAAGUUUGAUCUUUGUGUUUUUGUGUGUGUGCGUUGGAAGAAUUUCGACUUGGUGAUCGGGGAGGAGUUAUAGGAACUCUCUAUGAAUUUGGAAGAAUUAGGGUUUGGAUGUGAUCUGCUGUUGUUUUUGGGUUUGUGUAAAUGCUCGUGGGAGGGGAUCUAGGGUUUCUCUCGAGCUUGGUGGUGGCGGCUUUUGUGGCGGUUUUUGGACCGGUGUUAGGUUUUGUGGUUCGCCGAAAAUGGCGGCGUUCGGUGGCCAGGAGGGAGGAGAUCAAGAGGCUUUUGGUUUUGGCUUCAGAGGAGGCAGCUAGGGCUGAGCUACUAGCCGCUGAAGAAUACGGCUACGGUUAUGGAGGAUAUAGUUAUGAUAUUCUGAAGGAGGAUGACGUAUUCGUUGAACCGCCAGCAUCAUCAGCACCACCACCACCAUCAUCAACUACAACAUCAUAUUCUGGUUCACGGCAAUUGCAGUACCAAUGCGCAGUUUGCUCUUCUCCGACCUCUACUCGGUGCUCUCAAUGUAAAGCAGUUCGCUACUGCUCUGGCAAAUGUCAAAUCCUUCAUUGGAGACAAGGUCACAAGGAUGAAUGCCGUCCAGUUAGCAACACAGAUCACCACAAUGAUGUUGAUGCGACAUCUCAUCUGAAUGCAUAUAAGCAGGAAUCAAAUGGAAGUCAUCUUAAGAGCAUUGAGGUUGAAGGGAGACAUUCUUCAGAAUCAGGCGAUGCUUCCCCAGCAGAAGCUGCAGUUUUGAGAUCCAAACACUCUGCAACAUAUGAUGCGAAGGAUGUCUCAAAUGAACAGAGUCUGACAGAAGCAAAAUGUCCCAAUUUGAACUCCAGUUACGUGCUUCACUCAUCUCAAUGUGAACAUUUGGACCUCACUGCCUCAAGUGAAUCGUCUGUUGAUCUUUCUGCUUCUGAUUCAAAUGACUCUGAUGCUUCUGACAGUCAUAAGUCUGCUAUUAUUGCUAAAGUUAAGAGUCAGGCUAAUCAUUCCAAGGUAGACGGAUGUAAGCCACCCUACAGAGAGCAACCCAAACUGGUAUCUGCUGCAGAUGUUGUUUCAACGUCAGGCAAAUAUAAUCCCACAAAGCUUAUCAUUCAUGGGGACACGCAGUCUAAAUAUUGGACAUCGACAAGUUCAAGUAAUGAUGGAUCCAGUGAAUCUUCAUCAACAGAGCCUUCUACACCCUCAUCUGGUUUUUGGGAAGGAGCAGUUCCUUAUACUAGAUCUAAGAUUCAGUCACUUGACAGUAUUGCAUAUUCUCCUUCCAGAAAUGCUUGCAACACCAAGAUUUCAGAUUUUCAGUCAACUUCAUCUCAGCCCCCUGAAAUGGCUAGACCUCUUGUUUCUGAGGUGGGUGAACAUGGAUCCAACUCAAAAAAGAAUCUGAAAAAUCCAAACCCAAUUACAGUGGAACGGCGGAAACCAGUCGAACGAGCUGAAUCAAGAUUUGAAGUUAAAGAUGAGACAGAAAGCAGGAGGUCAUCAGCUUCACGAUCUGUAACUUCGAAUCAACUUGAUGUGCAUGACUCCAGUGAUAAAUAUACAUCGACCCCCGAGGAAGGUAGAUACUCCUCAUCUGGUGCUUCUGGUAAUUUAAAGAAUCAUGAUGGGUUAAAAGUUAGUAGCUUGCCAUUGUCAAGCCCCAAAAAAUCAUAUUGUGGCGUUGAAGGCUCGGCCAGUGUUUUACAAUUGCCAAAAGAUAGACAAAAAGAAUCUUCUCCUGCCAAAAUUUCUGGUAGUCAUAUCUCUUCUAGCAAUGGGAGGCAUGAAGUUCAAAAUGUGAAGUCUCCUAGGAUUGAUAGCACUCAAGUGUCUAGUGCCUGUUCUGCAGAGUCUAAUGUUCCUUUACCAAAUGCAAGGAAUGGCUUGAAGUCAUCGGUGUUGAAAGUUGUUGACCAGUUCAGGGGUUCAAAGCUGACACGGCAUAAUUCUUUGGGGGAUGAGUGUGAGGUCGUUGGAAGAUAUGGUAACAAGGGUCUUUUUCCAUAUGAAAGUUUUGUGAAGCUUCAUAAUUGGAAGAAUGAAUUGCGGCCAUUUGGCCUCGUUAACUGUGGUAACAGCUGCUAUGCUAAUGCUGUCCUUCAAUGCCUGGCGUUUACUCCACCGCUUACUUCCUAUUUUCUUCAAGGGCUCCACUCCAAAACAUGUGAAAAGAAAGGGUGGUGCUUCACGUGUGAGUUCGAGAGUCUAGUUCUAAAAGCAAAGGACGGAAACUCUCCUCUCUCUCCUAUUAGCAUAAUUUCCCAUCUCGAGAGCAUCGGAAGCAAUCUUGGUAAUGGUAGAGAAGAAGAUGCACAUGAAUUCCUUAGGUAUGUUAUCGACACAAUGCAAUCCAUUUGCUUGAGGGAAGCUGGGGUUAGUGCAUCUGGCUCUUUUGAAGAAGAAACAACUCUCGUGGGGCUUAUGUUUGGGGGAUACCUUCGUUCAAAGAUCGAGUGCAUGAGGUGCGGGGGCAAAUCUGAAAGGCAAGAGAGAAUGAUGGAUCUUACUGUUGAAAUAGACGGAGAUAUAGGUACCUUGGAGGAAGCUUUAAAACAAUUUACUCAUACCGAGACUCUAGACGGUGAAAACAAGUACCGAUGUGGCAGAUGUAAAUCAUAUGAGAAGGCCAAGAAAAAGUUGAAAGUGCUGGAGGCUCCUAAUGUCCUCACUAUUGCAUUAAAGAGAUUUCAGUCAGGUAAAUUUGGGAAGCUAAACAAGACAAUUAAAUUUCCAGAGAUUCUGAACCUGGCACCAUAUAUGAGUGGGACACGUGAUAAGUCGCCAGUUUACCAGCUUUAUGGAGUCGUGGUUCACCUGGACGUAAUGAAUGCUGCAUUUUCUGGUCACUAUGUGUGUUAUGUGAGGAACUUUCAGAAUAGGUGGUUCAAAGUUAAUGAUAGUUCGGUAAAAUCCGUCGAACUUGAAAGAGUCUUGUCGGAGGGAGCAUACAUGCUUCUCUAUUCAAGGUGCUCGCCACGGGCUCCGAGAAUAAUGAGGAGUUUGGCAAUUCCUCUUGAUCCAAGAAGAUCUAAGCAAUUGGCUUGUAAAUCAAGAUCCCAUACAAGAAGUCCAUGGGACUCUUCUCAUGGCGAUUCAACUGAUCAAACUUGCAGCGAAUGCUCUUAUACUAGUCAUACAAGUGUCAGGCCGAGUAGGUCAAUAUUUGAGGACGACUCAUCAAGCGAACAGUCAUCCUCUCUCUUCUCUGAGGGUGCUUCUUGCAGCACAGAGAGCACUAACAGGGAUUCUACUAGCACUGAUGAAUUAUUUGAUCAAAUAUUUGGUGAGUCUGGAGGUUGUUGGAAUAACCCGUGGAGGAAUUCAUCAGAUUCUGACACAUCGUCAUCCUCAUCUUCUCCUUCCCCUCUAUACUCGAAACAUUCACCUCUUGCUGAUUUGGACCGUAAUGCUUCUGCACAUGAAGAGACCUGUAGCAGUUGUAGCGACGGUGCAGAAACAGCUGGGGAUGGUCACGGUUUUUGGACAGGGUUACCUGAUCGAAACGGUUAUGCUGGGGUUCGAGAAAGCAAUUCAAGGACACCUCUCUGUCCCAACUCAAGUAAGCAUUGUAGAAAUUUAUUUAGUAGUCAUAGUAGUAGUAAGACCGACUCCAGUAGAUUAGGUCGGGUUAACCCUUCUGACAACUCGAAAUCUCCUGUAACUCGUAGAGAUCGAUGAGGGAAAGUGCAUCUUGGACAUGGUAUUAUAAAGUAUUUUUGUAUUCUAGACGGGAGGGAAAUAAAAAGUUGGGGAGGCAGGGGUUUAGGGAGUGGUUGUAUGUAUUAUACAUUGGCUUUUGGCUGUGUUCAAAACGAAAUGGGGCCAUAAUUUUGUCACUCUCUACCCCUUAAUAUAUCUUAUUACAUGUUCUGUAAUUGGAUAUCCAUCUCAGUACGAACAUAACUGGCAAUGUUUGCUGUAUUUCUUGUUCGAAAAUAUCUCGAGUUCCAUUGAGGUUCAA